UUCCUCUUCUUCCAGGGUGCUAGUAUUACAUCCUCAUGACAGGAAGGAGAAGACACUCUGCAUAGAACAUCAAUUUGGUUUCUUUCCUUUUGGCAAAGAGACCAGCUAUCUGCAAACUUGUGACAAUUGGAAGAUGCCAUGACCAUCUUUCUCACAGUCCUGCUGUAUGUUGGGCUGUGUCUGGUCCUCAGGAUCCCUGCACUGGCAGGGGUCUUCUCUAAAGCUACACUUAGAGCAGUUCCAAGAAAUGUGAUCGCCACUAAAAACCAGGUGACAUUCGUCUGUCAAGGGCCCUUAGAGGCCAAGGAAUAUCGUCUCUGCAAAGAAGGAAGUCCAGAUUGCUUGCCACCAACAACCCUUAUAAUAGAAACUGAGAAUGUGGCCGAAUUCCUUAUCUCGUCAGUUGAGUGGAACAAUGCAGACCUAUAUUGGUGUGAAUAUAAAAGGCCCAAUGGCAAAACAGAACACAGUGACUACAUGGAGCUGGUGGUGACAGGAGUUCACCAGAGCAGAGUGACACUGUCAGCCCUUCCCAGCCCAGUGGUGACUGCAGGAGGAAAUGUGACCCUUCAAUGUGUGUCACAACAUCCAUAUGACAGGUUCAUUCUGAUGAAGGAGGAUGAGAAGUUCUCCCCGGCUUUGUCCUCACAGAAUAUAUACCCUGAGCUAUUUGGAGCCCUGUUCACACUGGGUCCUGUGACCCCCAACCAGAGGUGGAGGUUCACAUGCUAUGGGUAUUACUCCAGCAACUCCCUGCUGUGGUCGGUUCCCAGUCCCGAAUUAGAGCUUCUGGUGUCAGGGACCCUUCACAAACCCCGCAUAUGGGCUCAUCCUGGCUCUGUGAUCCCCUCAGGGAGUCCUGUUACCAUCUGGUGUCAGGCGACCCGAGAAACCCUAAUCCAUGUGAUAUACAAAGAGGGAAGCCCAGUACCCUGGGACCAACAGACUCAUACAGACAACACUGAGGCAAAACUCACCAUUCCAUCUGUGACACAAGUGCAGGCAGGCCGGUAUCACUGUUACACUCACACCUCUGUGGGAUGGUCACAGCGCAGUGACCCCUUAGAGCUGGUGGUGACAGGAGUCUACAACAAGCCCACCCUGUCAGCCAUGCACAAUCCUGUUGUAAACGUAAGAGAGUCUGUGACCCUCUCUUGUAUCUCAAGUCAGAGAUAUGAUUGGUUCAUUUUAACUAAGAAUGGUCAGAAGUUUUCCAUCCCUCAGAGCUCAAGACACACACACACUGGGAUGUUCCUGGCUGAGUUUCCAGUGGGUCCAGUGACCUCCAGCCAGAGGUGGAGGUUCAGAUGCUAUGGCUAUUACACAAAUAACUCUCAGGUGUGGUCAGAAGGGAGCAAGGUCCUGGAGCUGCUGGUCUCAGGAAACCUCAAGAAACCCACCCUGUGGGCUGAGCCAGGUUCUGUCAUCAGCACAGGGAAUGCUGUGACCAUCUGGUGUGAGGGGACCAAGGAAACCCAAAUAUAUUUCCUGUAUAAAGAAGGAAGUCCAGCACCCUGGUUCCAUCAAACGCCAAAAGAUCCUGGUAAAAAGGUCAUGUUCUCCAUAUCGUCCAUGGAAAAGCAUCAUGCAGGGCAAUAUUGCUGUUACUCUUACGAAUCUACAGGGUGGACCGAGCGCAGUGACUCCCUGGAGCUGGUGGUGACAGGUGUUUACCAAGGCAAACCUACUCUGUCAGCUUUGCCCAGCCCUGUGGUGACCUCAGGUGGGAAUGUGACCCUUCAGUGUGUCUCAUCCAAAGAAUAUGAUGGGUUCAUUUUGACUGGUGCAGAUCUGAAGUUCUCCAGGUCCCAAAAGGCACAGUUAUUACACACUGGACAGUCCCAGGCUCUGUUUCUUCUGAUCCUUGUGACAUCCAGCACACAUGGGCCCUUUCGAUGUUAUGGAAACUAUACAAAUACCUCACAUGUGUGGUCUGAGGCCAGUGACCCUCUGGAGAUACACGUCUCAGGGCUGUCAAGGAAGCCCACUUUGUUGACCCCAAAAGUCCCUGUCCUGGCCCCUGGAUAGAACCUGACACUCAAGUGUUCCUCUGAGAUAAGUUAUGACAGAUUUGCUCUGUUCAGAGAGGGAGGAAGUGACCUCACUCAAGUUUAUGUUCAUCAGCCCCAGGCUGGACAUUUUUAAGCCACCUUCACCUUAGCCUCAGUGAAUUUCUCCAUUGGUGGUCAAUACAAAUGCCUUGGUGCACAGAGCUCCUCCUCUGAGUGGUCAGCCCCCAGUGACCCUCUAGAAAUCAUGAUCACAGGUGAGCAAUGUAGUGCAUUUAGUAUGGACCCACCUUGGCACAAAGUAAGUUGGGUGGAGAACUGGGAUUCAUCAUCAAGAUGAUAAUGAACAUGUCAG